CGCGCUUAAAUAGCGGCCACCAAGCAUAUAGACAGGUGGUCUGCUCAGUGCAGUCAUUUGUGUAUUUAACGAUAUUGACACAGAAAACAGAAUAAUAUUAAACGUAAGCUAUUUUGCAUUUCAAAAAGAAGAGAAGAAGAAAUAAAUUAAGUAACCUACAAUAAAUUUUGGCAUGUAGUGUGCGCGCACUUUUCACUCCUCCGUCAUUUGAUUAAAGUAAACUAAGAAAACUGUGGAGCUCCUUUCAGCUGCUGAGUUGUGAACCAUGAUCCUCCUGACCCCUUCCUCUGAUGCAUUCGCCUGGCUUUGGAAUCAAAGGAAGUUCAGGGAGAAAAUCUCGUGAAGGGUUGCUACUGCAACAAUAAAAAAAUAUUUAAAAAAUUGCAGGUCAAUAUCUGUGCAUACUCUCUUGGAUCAGCACCAUGACUUGAGAGAAUACGGUUUGCUUAGAAGCGAGGAGAUUGAGAAAACAAAGUAUUCUUUUACUUGAUUUAUGUAAAAAAGUAAACCAAAAAAAAAGAAUAGCAUAUGCAUAAUACUUGUGACGGUCAUUUUUUGGCUGGAAUCAGGCAGUCUCAGCAAAUUUGUAUCUUACUGACAAUAAUCAUAAAUGGUGAAUAGUAAAUAUACAUACUGCAAAUUAAUAGCAGUAUGUAUAAUUGCUCAUUAACUAAAGAUAAAGCUCUGUGGAAAAAAGUUUUCAAUUCCUCCUGCUUUCAUACCUUUUGUAUGCUAUCACAUGCUAGCAGUCCUGUUAUCAGGAAAAAUGCAAAUUUUUUUUUAAAUUAAAACUUUAUCUUUAUAGUUGUUGUGCUUGUAGCUUAUGGUAUGUAUAUUUAUUUCAAUAUAUGUACUUAUAAUUAUGGUUCAUAAGGUAAAAAUUCAUUUGACAAUUUAUCAAGUAAGAGAGAGGAUAUAAGGAGAAAUGUUGUUUAAAUACAGUAACUUGGAGACCUUAAAGAUAAUGACGUAAAAUAAAUGGAUUAUUCAUUUAAUUUCUAACUCAGUCGAAGUUAACUGACUUUUUGCUGUUAAAGAGUGUAACGAAGAAGAAAAAGUCACACUAAAACAACACAUCUUCUUAUCCAUGAAACUUUAUGCUCACAAAUAACACCUGCAAGCUGUUCAGUCCAGUUACGCAUCACCCAGUGCAGUGGCAUAAACAAUGUUGUUUUGUUUAUUCCCUCAGCCUUGGGUUGUUCAAUCCCUCAAACCUAAAAGCUUAAUAAUCCUGUGGAAAAAUGUAUUAAAAAGAUAGUCAGUUUUUAAGGCUGACAAGAGGGUUGUCCUCCUCAUUUUAAUGUUGUUCACUCAAAAUGUGUUGAGGAUUUUUGGAGAAAGUAAUAAUGCUCACUCAAUCUAUUUCUGUAUUCCUAAUAAGCAGCCACACAGCCAUUUGAAAUAUUCUAGUUAAAAAGCUUUUCUCUUUACAAAAAUGUUUUCUGUUUACAAUAUGCACUUCUACAUUCGAUGCCAUCAUUGACAUAUAGCAUUUUAGAGACUCAUGGCUCCAAAGACCUAUUUUGUGUGAAAAUGACAUAUAAAAAUUUGCUAUUUGCUUUGAGAACAAAUAAAGUAUGGACUGUGACCUAGGUAUGUAACAUUUUUGGGGUGUUUCUUUGGAGCUCCUGACUAAUAUGUGAUUCAAUUUGCUUUUGAUUAAAGAAAAAAGGUAACAAACUAUAAUGUUCAGUUCAACAAUCCCUAGAGUAACAUAUGAAAAUCAGUUCAAGUUUUAACUUUAAUCAAAAAUGCUAAGAAUUUCUCAAAUAGAUGAGAAUUGUUUGGGCUUUAAAGUUGCUGUCUGAGAAAGUUCACAAAGCUACACAAAUCAAUUGUUAGAAACAGUUUAGAAGGAAAUUCAACCUGAUAAUAAACAUUUUUUCCAGUAAGUGGCCCAAAAUCUAGGAAUCCAGCUUCAUACUACAGCAAAAAGUGGCACAAAUGAAUAUUAGGUUCGCCGCAUUCUGUCUUUACCCUUAGUGUAGCUUAAAUCUAAACACAAAACACAACUGGAUGUUAGAUUUUCAGCACAAAAAUAGAAUAACUCAGGAGGAGUUGAAUCCUUUUUACCCAAAGAAAAAAUAACCAGAUUCUGUGUUUACCUACCCUACUGUCACUCCCUCCAUUAAAGCCCAAGUCCAAGUGCUAUUAAUUGAUCUAAACAGUCAGCUGUUUGAGCGCUUCUGCCACAUCCUUUUUCUCGGUCAGUGUUAACAGGCUAAUCGAUCUCAUGUUGUAUAUGUGUCAGUUUAGCAGCUAGUAGCUCUCUAUGAAGGUAGCCAGAUGUGUGUGCACAGUAACCCUCCACACGUUGUUAGCUUGUCCCCCACACCAGCAUUUGAUCCCCAAUGUAUUCAUUUGUAAAUGCUGACCAGUAACAAGUACUUUCUACAAAUUAGCACGUUCUUGCAUGCCAACAUGAUGCUUUAAAAAAGUUUUUAAAAAAAUCUUUUAACACAUGCUGAGAUUUUCUGAGUAUUUAAACAAAGAUUGGUGUUGGAUGUGCAAAUUUAACUGCGUGAUUUUAUUGUAACACAUGUUUUUGAUCUGAAAACGGAUGAAUGUAUCGUAAGGUUGAUGUCCGUCCAAUAAACAAACAGCUUGGUAAGUCACUUCUUUUACAUCAGAUGGGGCCAUCAGUUUGGGAGUAAUGUUUUCUUUCCCUAUUAACUGGUGAGUAAUAUUCUUAUCCUGUAAUGGAAGAUAUAUUGAAGUAUUUACAGCACCUAGCCCUCUCUAAGGUUUGAUUCAGACUCAGAUAAAAUCAGUAAGCUAUUCCCAUUGAGAAGGUCGGCUGGUGUUCUCAUCCGAUCAAGGUGGGGUAUUGUUGAUUCAACAAGAACUGCUAACUGCUGCUGUUGUUUGCUUUCAGAUUUCUUCCAGUAUGCCAACAAGCUCCUCCUGAGCGAUCAUGCUACAAGACUCCAAAUCAAGGAGUUUGCACGGAAAAAUGCUGCUAAUGCUCUAUCUAUGGCCAACAUGGUCAUGGGCAUGGCCUCCAUCCUCAGCAGCCUGAACGGGCACCAUCAUGCGGCAUGUUGGCUGGUUCUGAUUGGGUACCUGCUAGAUUUGGCAGAUGGAGCGGUUGCCAGGCGACUCAAUGCCUGCUCGGCACUGGGUGCAAAGCUGGAUGAUUUUGCUGACUUCACCACCUUUGGGAUCGCCACAUCUCUGCUGCUGAGGACUUCCGAUUUGCUGGACAACGUCCUGUGCAUAUGCUAUGUGCUAUCUGUGUUUGUCCGUCUCUGUUUCUUCUCAAGCGGUAUUCCAUUUGUGUAUCGCGGACUCCCCUGCAUCUACUCAUCAGCCAUUGUAGCCAGUGCCUCCUUGCUGUCAGGAGGAAACCUGAGCGUGCUGCGGGUCAUCGCAGUGGCCAUGAUCCUAUUUAUGAUCAGUCAGAACUUCUAUCCCCAUGACAAAAUCCUGGAGUCCCAGACUUGGAAGAAAGUAGUGUAUGCUGGAGGAGUUGCCAUGGUGUUCUGUUCUCCCUUCCUCCCUGCGUGUGUGUACUACCUGCUCUGGUCCAGCUCCUAUAUUUUGUUCCCCACAUCACUUUGGAGCUGCAAACUGUAAAGUAAAACACGGGUUUAGAGACUGCUGUUGCUGAUGCUCCAUGUUGCCAUCGGAGUAUCCAAGAUGGAAAAAACACUUGUUAAUUCAUGGGAAACAGUCUCUCUAUUUCCCCUUUUAUUUUAUUUUGAUGUGACGCCUGACUGAGAGGACUUAGAAAACAGGAGCCAGGAUGGGUUGUUUGUAUUCUGUCUUCUUUGUUGUAUUAACACCAAUCAACCAAUAUGUGGCAGGCUCUGAAAACAGAAUAUUCAUCAGGUUUGCCUCCAUGUUUUAUCUUCUUUCAUCAGUAUUAUUUAUCAUCAGUGUUGAGAACAUGUAGCAGCAGGGGAACAUCACAUUGUUCUAUGGAUGAUAGAAAAAGAAAACUUUCUAUAGGACAAAAAUAACACAUUUUCUUUCCUUUAUGUUAACUAGUUUUAUGUGUUUUUACAUCACAGAUAGUUCAAAAGGUUUCUCUGCAGGAGAGAACCUGCGACAGCAGAUCUCUGCUGCAUUUAUUUAUACAUAUGUGACUGGGAAUUUUUUGCAAGUCGGACUUCUUGUUCUAUUAUAAAGGGAUCAUAAAUGUACAGUAGUUCAAAAGAACUGAUUUAACAUAAUGGUUCUGUUAUUCAUAAUAUUUUAUUUGCUGUUUGAACAUGUCCAUUUGUUGUCAUAACUCCCACAUUUACACAUUGCAACCAUUUCUUUACCUACAAACUUUCUACUUUUUCUUAUGUCUAUGAAAUGCUGUGUUAGCUUCAUGCUAUUUCUUCCGUAUCUGCCUCUGUUUUAGGAGGCAUCAUAACAAAACUGCAUCAUUCAUAUGUCUUUCUCUGACAAAUCACUGAUUUCACAUUGAUGGCUUUUGGUCAAUUUUCAUUUGUAAAUUAAUUCCACUUGGUGUGGAUUUACCUCUUUGAAUUACAUUAGUAGGUACUUUAAAUACUGUUUUUGAUGCCAUCUAGUGGACAUGGCACAAUAUGUCACCUUUGCAGAAACAUAGGUGAGAACUAUUGCCAGUCUGCUUUAAGAGGUGGACAGAUUUAUUUUUUCUUCUUUGUAGCAGGGAUCCUGUUUUUGUCACUACUUGUUUAGUUUCAAAGUGUGUUUUUUGCCUUUGCACUGUGAGAAGGAAAUUGAGAGAAUAUAGUGUUAUGUACUGCUUUGUCCUAAAGCCUAAAAUUUAAGCAAAGCGUAACUGGGUGAAAUGUGUCUGUUCUGAGCCCUGAAAGAUCUAUUUUCUUUUAGCUUCCUAAUUCAAAUUACUUAGCUCAUAUUUAAGCCAUAAAUUGUAAUUUGUUCAGUUUCAGAUUUAGAGUAACUUACAAAGGAAUGGCUCUAAUGUGGAGAAUCCUGGCUUUUUGAUUAUUGAUUUAAAAUAUUAAUUUCAACUUACUGAUAACCAGCGCUUUGAAGACAGUCUCCAAGAAUAACAUACAGACUUACUGCAGUGCAUUCGGUAGUGCAUAUGGUGUGGGUGUGGGUGUUUUAGGUUUUCAGAAAGUAAAGGCACUCUAAUGUAGAACAUAGCGGAAGGAAAAUCAGUAUAUUUUGAGAAAGAAAGAAAAAUACUGAGAUCUUUUUGUGAAAUAGAAUAUGUACAUUUGAGGCUGUAUAUUCUGAAAAUAAAAAAUGAGAAUGAAAUGA